CACAUGCUCAUCAACUUUAAAAAAAUAUGAAGAAUGGUAUAAUAAAAGGAAAAAUGAAUGGACUGAACAAUCUAUUAAAUAUAACAAGGUCAAAACUAAAUAUAAAGAUAUAGAAAACUUAUCUUCUUCUAAUUAUUUAAUAAAAAAAUGUCCUGAAUGUAAAUGUACCAAAAAAAAUUUGCAAGAUAUAUUUGAGCUUACAUUUGAUGAAAAAGCUUUAUUAAAAAAGCUAGAAGAAGAAGAAUCACCUGUGAGUAAUAGUAUGAAUACCUUACCAGAAUCAGAUCAAAGAAGAUUA